AUGUCGGGCGAUCACAAAACGCUGAUAAAAGGCAGCCCAUCCCAAUAUGUUAAAUUAAACGUGGGUGGUACAUUAUUUUACACAACUAUUGGGACAUUAACAAAGAGUGAUAAUAUGUUAAGGACGAUGUUCAGUGGUAGAAUGGAAGUCUUGACAGAUUCUGAAGGUUGGAUUCUAAUUGAUCGCUGUGGACGACAUUUUGGUACCAUUUUGAAUUAUUUGCGAGAUGGUACUGUUGCAUUACCAGAUUCGUAUCGUGAGAUUAUAGAAUUGCUUGCUGAAGCCAAAUAUUUUCUUAUUGAGGAAUUGACAGAGUCAUGCCAACAGGCAUUAGCCAAGAAAGAAAGGGAAGCUGAGCCUAUUUGUAGAGUUCCUCUAAUUACAUCCCAAAAAGAAGAACAAUUACUCAUUAUGUCAACUUCUAAGCCUGUUGUUAAACUGCUUAUUAACCGACAUAAUAAUAAAUAUUCCUACACAAGCACUUCUGAUGACAAUUUACUGAAGAAUAUAGAGUUGUUUGACAAGCUGUCGCUGCGCUUCAGCGGAAGAGUACUCUUCAUAAAAGAUGUAAUUGGUUCUAAUGAAAUUUGUUGUUGGUCCUUCUUUGGACAUGGCAAAAAGUGUGCUGAAGUUUGCUGUACUUCUAUUGUGUAUGCAACAGACAGAAAGCACACUAAAGUUGAAUUUCCUGAGGCUAGAAUUUAUGAAGAGACUUUGGGGAUUUUGCUUUAUGAAAGUAGAAAUGGACCAGAUCAAGACUUAAUACAGGCAACAUCUUCUCGAGGUGCAGUUGGAGGGCUCUCCUGUACUAGUGAUGAAGAGGAAGAGCGUUCUGGACUUGCUCGACUCAGGUCAAAUAAACAAAAUAAUCAGUCUUAG